AUGGUGGUCGAGGGAUAUAUCCUCGGCGCGUAUCUCUUUUGUGUUUUAUGCUUCCUGCUUCUCACCUCGGGAGCCACCAACCUGGGCCUUGAGGCUUUCAUUCUAGUUCAAGAUCAAAUCUUUCACUCGUAUCAGGAGGUGGAUGUGAAGGGGCAGCACUAUCAAGAUGACGAGAUAAAAUGGAUUUCAUGGGAAAAGAGUCCGGAGCCAUUCAGAGGCAGAGCGGCAGCCCGGCCGGAAGACGAGCAACAGGGGCUCGACCUUCGACACAUGAAUAGACCCGGCGAGCCGAGUUCUAGUGCCCCCCGUCUCCCAUCCCUGCCGGCGCCGGAACCGGGACCCGGGAACGGUGUGGGUCAUUCUGCCAUCGGACCCGCCGGCCCCUCCGCGCACGUGGAAGCCUUCGAGAAGACCUGGCUUUCGCGGGGUGCGGUCCAGUCUUUCCGGAUGCGGUACAAGGCGGAGGAGAAGGGGGGGCCCAAGUAUGGCUCCGGCGGUAUCCGCGAGCCGGAUCCGGCGCCGUGGGGUUCUUUGUACUUCCUUUGUCGUGUUGGGGGCCACGGGGGGGGCUUUUGGGAUGGUAGUACCGUAGGUGGUGUAGAGCAGGGCCAGCUGAGUCCUAGGAGCUUCGAGGGAGUGGCUUCCAAAGGGUGCUAUGCUAUACGCCACGCGGGCGAGUGGAAUGGGACUUUGUUUCCCUCAGAUCUUUGA